AGGCGGCCAAGUCAGCGAGCUUUCGCGAGGCUCAGAUAAGGACCGACCGGGGAGAACUUGCGCGAGGAGACGGGGCGAAAGUCGAGGCCACGCGCAAACGCAAACGCGAACGGGGGGGCGCGAGAGAGAGAGGGACAGGACAGGGAGAGAGAGAAACAGCGUCGCCAGGAUGGAGUACGAGAGCCCGGCCAGGUCAGGAGUCUGGUCCAUGACGCCGGGGCGCAUCGGGAAAAGGUGGAGCUGGGGGCGAAUCGUCAGGCGUAUGGAGCGAAAGACGAGGGAGGACAAGGCACUUUCUAGCAUGACAGGCGGGCCCCGACUUCCUUCCCGAGCACAGCUGCUGCGGCUGCUGCUGCUCCUGCUCCUGCGACUGCGAUGUUCAACACUGUGUCUCUAGUGCUCUGGACCAUGCGAUCCCUAUUCCGCACUCCACCAUGCCCUCCCUGGGUCCCUCCACCGGCCCUCCCCCCUUCCUCCUCCUCCUCCUCCUCCUCCUCCUCCUCCUCCUCCCCUCGCAUGCUCUCGGAUGAAUCUCGUCCCCAUUCCAUCCUUCAUCGCCUUCAUCAUCUUCUGCAGACCUCGGGCCUCUUGGCGUAUGCGAUAGACCAUCAGAACCGAAGCGCGUCGUUCUCCGUUCUUCACUUCAUGAAUCCAGCCCCAGCUCGUCGGGCCUUGAUCCUCGGCCCGCCUCGCCUCCGCCUGACUCACCAGCACCGAGCACAGAAUUCAUCGAUUCCUCUCCUGUUCAGACAGCGCACCGGACAAGCCCGACAGACGACAGCUAAAGUAAGCCAGAACUGGAGGAGGACGAAGAAGGGGAAGCGAGACGAGAACGAUCGAACCAAGAAUCUUUGUUCCUUCAGUCCCACUUCUUCUCUCGCCUUCUGCUUGAAUUGUUCGGCUCGUCCAUCUCAGGGCGAUUUGCUUCGAAACUCCGUGGCUUCGGACUCUUGUUCUUCCUCUCCGAUCCAAUCCAAUCCAAACCAAUCCGGUGGCCGUACUCACGGCGACGAAGCAUCGAUGAAAAGCUCUCUCAGGUCUUUGAACAAGCACAAGAGGCAAACUUCUGAGCUGGCCUCCUUCACUCUCAAGCCAAAGGACAGCAGGUUGCCAUCACUGCCAAUCGGGACGCGGAUAUCAUCGAUCGCAUCAAGCUUCUCCACAUGGCGCAUUCCGCCACGGCCUCCUGUCGGCCUCAGUUGCUAACCACUAACCUCGGGCAUUUUGGACGGCACCGGCCAUCUCGCCAUCGCCGGUACGUCGAGAAUUGAGUGGGACUCGAGUCAGUUGGUUGACAUGACGCGUUCCGGACAUCAUCGACACGGAACUAGUCUCACAGUGAAAGGAUUCGAGGACCUGAUCCGCAGAGCUUCGAGAAUCAGGUUGAGAUUGUCUUUAGGAGGGAUCGCGUUGACCGACUGGGUGAUUCCAGUAGUAGAAGUUGAUGUUCCCGUGAUGCGUCCAUGGAAUUGAUUGACAUGGCUUCAACAGCUCGGUGAUUGUCACGGAGUCGGCAGCCUAACUUUUCUGCGCACUGACCCACUGACUGACCGACUGACGGCGCAACCGACUUCUCAUGGCACCGUUAAGAAACCGAUGGCUAUGGUCGUUCUGACGGUGCGGGAAUGUAGCUACUGUUGCCGCACAGUUCUAAAACCGACUGACCUCUAGUGCUCGAAAGCCGUGAAGACAUGCGAGAUUCUCUGAAAUGUGGGAUGUCUGUCGCCACUGCUCGGUCGCCUGUCACCAUCGUCGUUCCUGCACCUCAAUGAUACAUGCAGUUCAUUCAACUCGUACGCUCGAUGAGAUAUUGAUUCCCGCUUUUGAGACGGGGGAUACUCGAUGCGCCAAGAGAAUCUUCCAAUCGAACUCCUUGUCUGUUGAUCGCGUUGCACAUUGCCCCAGUUCGUAUGAUAGCGCGUGCCAACAAAAAUACAUGCAAACAUUGUAUGCUCAUAGAACAUGGUAUAUCCCUCUUGGCGAGAUGUAAGUAAUUGAUUGCGGAUUCAGACAAAUAUCUGCGAGGUGAGUCGAAGGAAGAUGUGGAUGAAACUCAGAUUCCCCAUGUCCACGUGAACUCCAAACCUGAGCUGGCCAGAACCGUCUGAGUAAGACUGUCGUCGAGGAGUAGCCAUGCCAGGCCAUGCUGGGAGAAGAACUUAAGAAUGUUCCUCCGAACGAACGCGCGACGUAAGCAGAAGUCGAGCGUCCAGCAUGAGGUCACGAUUCACAAUUUUGAUGGCAGUGGCCACAAGCUUUCCAAAACUGUUAUCACAGGUGCAUGUACUAUGCGUCGCUGUUACGAGGACCGUGUGAGAUUGAGACCUUCCGGAGACUGGAUAGCAUAGUGCUUCGACAAGCCAAACAAACAGUUCACAGAUCCGAGUCACGAUCUCCGGCAAGCAGAGAGCAAGAAUUCAUCUUCCGAGGAUAAUCCUUCGUAAUCCUUGCGAGCAGCUGCGGGCCCGGGGACUAGCAGAGCACCGAGGCUCUGUCCAUGGGGCACAUUGCCGACCUAUUUGGAAAUCGUCGUCUUGGGAAAUAGUAGCAAGGCGAGACAGGGCACCGAGUAAUUUGGCAUUGAUGAUGGAGAGACCCCAUCUGGUCUAACAGUGAAGAAACCAAAAGCUUAACAUGGGACCAGUAACCUAUAGCAUCAAAAUGAUGAAUACGCGUAAUUUAUAUGAUUCAAAC